CUGUCAUCUACUUGGAGCAUUAGUUGGGAGCACAAUCAGGACCAAGAACUACAGGCGAGAAGAACAGGCGAUCCAGUAACAGCGAAGCGUGAUAGUUCUUCGUUAGUGGCGAGCUGGGGGAGGCCACUGCAAAGGACAACAACGCUUCAACAUCUCACGUUCCUACAGGAUUCAUGGUUUUACAUUUAUUAG